GGACGGUACACUCUGCAUCGACUGCGUCGCUGCGAAGCGUGCGGAGGAAAGUUUGAUCCUCUGCCGUCUGUGCAACACAAGGAAAGAGCGUGGCGAGUUUCGCCGCAAGAUGAACUGGGAACACCCAGAGUGCGCUGCAUGUUUGCAGAAGAAGCAAGACAAGGACUACAAGGAAUUCCUCGCUGACAAGGCUGUUGCUGCGAGGCUGAAACAGCUCGACCUGCAAAAUGAGGCGGUCAAGGAGCUGAUGGUGAGGUUCCAAGCCAUGCAGACGGAGUUCGAAGGCCUCCAAGACAGGGAAGGACCCUGUAUGCUUUACGAGCAGCGCUGUGAGUGGGCCCGGCUCCUGAUGCUCAGAGUCCACUGGCUCGAGAGAGACCAAAAGUUGAGCGAUCACUGGCGUGGUGAGACGGCUUCGCGCCAUCAUGCGAGCCAAAAGGGUGCUGCUGAGAAGUUCAAAUCCUGGGAGGAUCUAGGG